AUGAGUACUAGUAACGGUCAAGAUCGCGAUGGUUCGCGCAGGUGUGUUCCUCGGCUGCCGCUCUCGAAGGUGAAACGGAUCGCGAAGGCGGACCCAGAGCACACGAUGCUGUCGUCCACCGCGGUGGUCGCUACGGCGUUUGCGACGGAAUUGUUCCUCGGUGCACUCGUGGAGGACUCUCUUUUGAUGAACCACUUGCGGGUGCAGCAUUCUGCUCGUGGGAAGGCUGCGACAGCAGCAGCAGCAGCGGCAGCGGCGGGCGGUGCAAAGCAACUGCGGUUGGGUUACAGAGACGUCCUGGAGUGCGUGCAGCGGAAGGAGCAGUUCCAGUUCCUGGAGGACGCCAUACCGAAGUCUGGGAUUGCAGCGGGGCCCUUGAACACCCUGGCGAGGGUGGACAACCGUGCGGUCACUAAUCCAGAUCCGGACGCAGAUCCGAUGGAUGUGGACGUCCCAGUGGAUGAACAAGCAGAGGAGGUCAGUGAUUCAGACUCAGCGGACGGCAAUGAUUUGCAAGACCCAGAACAAGAUGUAGACCAAGAUCCAGAACAAGAACAAGAGAGGUCGCGACUGUGGCACCGAGACGAGGAGGUGGGCGAAACGUACGACUCCGGAGACGAAAGCACGCCACACGGAGAGAUCAAUUGA